GCAGCCCAGUGAGCAGCCAGUGUUGUGUCAGGCAGCCCGUCAGACUGGAGGUCUUCUGUCACCCGCGGAAAUGUUCAAAACAGAGAAACUAAAGGCGCUGGUGAACGAGCGACUGAAAGCCGCCGCCGAGGAGAUAUUCAGCAUCUUUGAAACAACUAUUAAAGACUAUGAGGAGAUAGUUUUUCGGUCAAAACAGGAGGUCGACCAACAACAACAACAGAGAAGGCUGGCCGGUUGUCAAGCUCCCCUGCAGCUCUCUGUCCAGGAAGAGGACGCUUCCUCAGAGCAGGAUCACUGUGAGAAGGAGACUGACCUGUGUGAGGAUGACCAGGAGCCCCCGCAGAUUAAAGAAGAGCAGGAGGAGGAAGCGUGGAGCGCUCAUGCAGGUAAAAAGCAGAAGGAGGAAGCUGAUAUCAAAGACUCUCUGUUCAAUAUAAUUUAUGUGCAAAGGAAUGACGAUGGAAGACAGUUUCCACAUCAAAACCAAGAAGUUGAAAAUAAAGGAGACCACUUGCCCAGCAGCUCAUGUGAACAGUUGAAAUCAGAAGGCUGUGGUGCAUCAGAGCCAACCAGUGACUGUCAGAUGAGUGACGCUAGCGACGACGAAUGGAGAGACAGCGGAGGAUUUCACUCAGGUGUAAACACAGAGGAACAACAACAACAACAGCAUGCUGGCGAGACAGCAGACAGGCCGUACACCUGCGGCGUUUGCAACAAGAACUUCAGGAUCAAAUCCAUUCUGACUCGCCACAUGAAGACACACACGGGAGAGAAACCUUACAGUUGCGGUGUUUGUGGUAAAAGCUUCAUCCAGCGCUCCUAUCUGCAGACUCACAUGAACUCUCACUCCGGACAGAAACCGCACACGUGUAGCUUCUGCGGCAGAGGGUUCACACAGGUUGGAAACAUGAACGCCCACAUACGAAUCCACACGGGAGAGAAACCUCACAGCUGUACUGACUGUGGUAAAAGUUUUAGAGAGAAAGCAGAUCUCAUCAAGCACAUGAUAAUUCACACAGGUGAGAAACCUUAUAUUUGCACUGUGUGUCAUGUGAAAUUCAGCGCUCAGUCUAAUUUAACGCGCCACAUGAAGACUCAUUCAGGGGACAGGCCGUACAGUUGCACUGACUGUGGGAAAAGAUUCAUUCGGCGCUCCCAUUUAAUUAUUCAUAUGAAGACGCACACAGGAGAGAAUCUCUAGACUGGAGAAAUGAUGGUGUUUAUUUGAUCAUUUCCUGGAUGAGGACUCACAUUAGAGGAGUAAAAUGUAUAAAAAAAAACUUUGUACGGACAAUUUUUUCUAUGUUGUUGCUAUAUAGUUUUGUACUGUAAAGGAUUCAGCAAGUUGUAAUACGGCAUGUUUCUUCAAGUGACAAUCAUUUGUGUUGAGUGCAGUCAUCAAAUUUAAUUCAUUUCUGUUGAACUUGUCAAACAAGGUACUCUGAAGAAAUAAAGCAAAGGAGACAUUUUUACCUUCUCCAAAAUCA